UUCUUCAAAGAAUAGGUUGAAAAAAAUAAGGUGGCCACCGCCAUGUUUCAGAAUGAAAUAUGUAUAAAACAUUGAAUGUAAUAUUUCCGUAUAGUAGCAUUUACAAUCAUAUUUUUUGUAUUUGAUUUUAAAGAAUACUUGUUCUUUGAUGAGACUACUGCAGGAGUUGUAUUUGCUUAACAGCGUUACGCAAUGCACCAUGGGAAUGGACCACAGAAUAUGCAACGGCAACUUCAGAGAUCCAAGUCCAGCACUGGGUCUGAAGCUGAAGACCAACAGCAGCAUACCAUGGCAGUUACCCAACAGCAGGCAACAGCCAACCACCCACAAUCACCUGUGACCACGUUUGCAUCUGCAGCCAGCCCUUCAGCCCCCCAGUCCCCCAACUACCAGAUAAUCAUGAGCCGCAGCCCCGUCACAGGUCAGAACAUGAACCUCACCUUACAUAAUGUCAGUCCAGGUGUGACAGGCAACCAACAGAUCACACUCACACCCCUCCCCCUGCAAAACCCAGGCUCUCCCGGUUUUCAACACCCGGCCCAGUGGAGGUUUGAGCCUAUCCAGUCUCCCUUAAUCCAGGUCCCGUCACCCCUGCCCCAAUCCAUGCAGCCCCAAAGUCCCACCCAGCACAGCCCUGUACCACUCCAGCGACCUGGGGGACCUGGAACGGGACUGGGGGUGUGUGGACAGAGCCCGACACGCUUUGUUGAGGCUGGGAUGCUUGUGAGUAAGAUCAGCCUCGGCAGCCCAUCUGGGAGUGGGCACCUGUGCACUGUUUACCAGGAGGGGACAGGGCUGACGCAGCUAGCUUCAACCACGGCUGGUCAGGUGCAACUGUCCACCCAAGGGGCGCCAGGCUCUGUGCGUGAGCGCAGGCUGUCCCAGCCACACUCACAGACCGGAGGCACAAUCCACCACCUUGGACCUCAGAGUCCUGUUGCCAGCGGGACUGCUCUGCCUACAUUGGGGAGCCCAGGCCACAUCACCACCUCCAAUCUACCGCCUCAGAUCAGCAGUAUCAUCCAGGGGCAGCUGGCACGCCCCCUGAUAUUUGAUAAGACUUCGCAGGGUGUGGUAGCUGGAGUUGGAACUCCAGCCACAGCAUCUUUCAAUAUGCCCUCUACCAUUCCUCCCUCCAGUCCGUCCCUCACUAACCCUUCCCAAGGCAUCUCCAACCCCCCCCUUACACCUACUAGCAUGGGCUCCAUGAAGAAACAGAUGCCCAAAAAGCUGGAGGAGAUUGCGCCACCCAACCCUGAAGUGGCCCAGCUGAGAAAGCAGUGCCUGGAGCACCACACUAAGAAGAUGGAGGGCCUGAAGGAGAUUUUCAAAGACUAUUUGAUAGAACUGUUCUUCCUGCAGCACCUCCAGGGGAACAUGAUGGACUACUUGGCUUUCAAAAAGAAGCCCUGUGUUCCGCUCUUCACCUACCUGCGGCAGAACGACCUGGACCUCGAGGAGGAAGAGGAAGAGGAGGAGCUGUCCGAGGUCAUCAAUGACGAGGUGAAGGUUGUCACUGGGAAGGAUGGACAGGCUGGAACACCGGUUGCCAUAUCUACACAGCUUCCACCCAAUGUUUCUGCAGCAUUCUCUACCCAGACAUUGUUCCAGGUCCACCCGGGAGCAGCUGGUAGCAUGACUACCCCUGGGGACAUGGAGGCCUUUAAAAGACAACAGGCAAUGGUUCAAGCAGAUCAGGCUAAGAGGUCCCGGAUUGAAGUUGGUCGCCAUGGAAUGAUUUUCCAGCGUCCUGGUGCUUUAGGAUCACCUGGCGUUCCACUCCAGCAGCUUAUGCCGACAGCGCAAGGCGGGAUGCCCCCCAACCCGCAGUCAGUCCAGAUCCCCGGGCAGAAGCAGAACCAGCCCCAGUAUGACCCGUCCAAGGGACCGCCGGUGCAGAACGCUGCCAGCCUGCACACCCCUCCCCCCCAGCUGCCCAGCCGCCUGCCCCAAGGCUCCCUCCCCAUGGCGGGCCUCCCCAUGGCUAUGUCCCAGCAGCCCCUGCAUGUGGAGAGCUCCGCUCACGGUGCCAACCAGGCCCCGGUGAAGGUGCAGGGGGCUGGCCCGGUCAUGGCUCCGGUUAACCCUCACACACAGCUCCAGGCUCAGCUCCAGCAGCAGAUGCAGUCCAGCCUUCACCUCCAGAUGCAGGCCCAGCAGCUCCAGCAGGCCCAGCCCAUGCUGCAGCCGGGACACGCCACUGUGGCUCUCGCUCGUCCCGGAGCUGACUCCAACCAACCUGUCCAAAGAAUGAUGACCAACUCCCUGUCUAAUCCCUCCAUGUCUCCUAGCCCCCUAAACACACCCAACGCCCUCCCUUCCCCCCACGCCCUGUGCCCCCUCCGUCCCCCCGUGUCCAACAUUAACCCCGUCACCCAGUCCAAACUGGCCGGGCCUAACGGAACCUCCACGGUCAAAAUGGGAGGCUUUGGGCAAGGCUCUGGGGUGCAGUCUUCAGAGGGGAGCUCGCAGGACAAACAAGCUGAGCAGGCCAAACUGGAGAGCCAGGUGCACCAGCGUAUCUCGGAGCUGAGGAAAGAGGGCCAGUGGUCGGCCAGCCGACUGCCCAAGCUGAUGGAGUCCUCCCGGCCCAAGUCUCACUGGGACUAUCUCCUGGAGGAGAUGCAGUGGAUGGCAGUUGACUUUGCCCAGGAGAGGAGGUGGAAGAUGGCCGCUGCUAAGAAGUUGGUUCGCACGUGUUCCCGUUACCAUGACGAGCAGAAGAAGACGGAGGAGAGGUCCAAGAAAGAGGAAGAAAUGCGGCUUCGUCACAUUGCAAGCACCAUCGCCAGGGAGGUGGAGUUCUUCUGGUCCAACAUUGAACAGGUUGUGGAGAUUAAACUGCGUUUUGAGAUUCACGAAAAGAGGCUUAAAACACUCAGUCUGCAGAGAGCAGUGAGUAAAGGACAAGAUGUUAAACCUGCUCUGACAACCGCAGGGAAAGCUGAAAAGGAGGAGCCCAGUAUGUCAACAAGGAAGCGAAGGUCAAGUACUUCGCUGGCGGAAGAAACUCCGGACGAGGAGAGUACCAUCGAGGAACAGGAGGCCAUGGAGGUGGCUGCCGAUCAGAAGGCUGAAUUAGCAGAUCUGGCUAAAGAUGCUGAGAUGCCCCUGGAUGCGUUGGUGAAGCAGUAUGCCGGUGCCUACGCUGAAAGCUUUGACUGGCCCCAGCCUGCCCCCCCGAGUGAUGAGGAGGACCGGGACGAGACGGAAGAGAUGGAAUCCCCCAUGGACAGCCCCCACCAGGCCGUGGUGAUAGACUCCCUGCUCAGUGUGGACCAGUAUAGAGGUUCUGAGAAGACCACCCCCUCUGACGCUGUCGGGAAGCCCAAGAAGGACAUCGCGGAGGUGGCAGCCGCCACCGAACUCAUCCUACCCAAGGGCAGCGCCAGGACCACCUCUUCUGUCCGUAGCCCGGCUCCCUUCAUGCUGCAUGGUUCACUGCGUGAGUACCAGCAGAUCGGAGUGGACUGGUUAGCCAGCCUCCACAAGAAACACCUGAACGGCAUCCUAGCGGAUGAGACUGGGCUGGGCAAGACUGUUCAGACUGUGGCCUACCUGGCCCACCUGGCUGGUCAAGAAGGCAUUUGGGGCCCCCAUCUGAUUGUGGUAAGGACAUGUAAGGUCCUGAGCUGGGAGAUGGAGUUUAAACGCUGGUGUCCUGGCCUCAAGAUCCUGCUUUACCUUGGCAACAGACAGGAACGCAGAGCGAAGAGAAGGUGGUGGGGGGAGGCCAACAGCUUCCAUGUGUGUGUGACGUCCUACAAGCUGCUGUUGAAGGACCAAAGCCAUUUCCUGAGGAGGAGGUGGAAGCACCUGGUUCUAGAUGAGGUGCAGCUCCUCAAGAACAUGUCAGAGAAACACUGGGAAACUGUCUUUGCCCUCAAGAGUCAGCAGAGAAUCCUCCUGAUCAAUACUCCACUACAGAACACCCUAAAGGAGCUGUGGACCAUGAUCCACUUCCUCCUGCCGGGCAUUACCAGGCCCUACACAGACUUCCCCGUCAAGCCCGGCACCGACCAGAACCAGGACUACUGCCACAAACUGGUCAUCCGCCUACACAGGAUGAUCCAGCCCUUCAUCCUGAGGCGCUCUAAGAGAGACGUGGAGAAGCAGCUCCCUAAGAAGUACGAGCACAUACUCAAGUGUCGCUUGUCCCGCCGACAGAAGAGCAUGUAUGAAGAUAUCCUCACCCAGCCAGGAGCCCAGGAGGCGUUGAAGACGGGGCAUUUUGUGAGCGUGCUGCAGGUUCUCAUGCAGUUGCAGAGGAGCUGUAACCACCCAGACUUGGUGAACCUCCGGGAGACCUGCAGUUCUUAUGUCUGUUCCCCUCUGCAGUACAACACCCCUUCCCUGGUGCUGGGAGCCCUGCAGGAGGACCAACGCAAGAGCCUGGACCUGUCCCUGUUCGACUUGAUCAGUAAUGAGAAUAGAUGGACGCGCUACGAGACCGAGGAGGUUCUACCCAAACUGAAAGUCACCCGUCAGCUGAUUGAGGAGAUCUACAGUGGUCCGGACCCCCCGGCCAGACCCAAGCCUUGCAAGAUCAAGCCCAUGAGGUUGUUCCAGCCAGUGCAGUACGGUACCAAGCCUGAGGGCCGCCUCGUGCCCGUGACAACUACUGUGGGUCAGCAGCGUCCUACAGCCACCCCCACCACUGCUGCUCCCACAGCCCCUCAGCCAGCCCAGAGUAGGGGCAAGUCCCCCGUCACCUCCACCACCACCACCACACAGGUGGCUGGGAUCCCUAUUCAGAAAGCCCAGACAAGCUCUCCUUCCAUCGGCACCGCUGGGUCUGCUGUAGCCUCCUCUGGGAGCUCCGCCGGUGGCCAGCAUGUAGUAGGGGCUGCCCCCCCUGUGGGCCUGGGCCAGGCUCUGUGUGGCGCAGCCCAGCCCACUUUGCCUGGCGUUGCCCAGGUCCCCAGGCCAACCCUAGGCCCCACCCAUGCCAUCCAGCCCAGCCUGGUUCCCCAGAGGCUGGUUCUAACAUCCCAGGCCCAGGCACGGUUGCCUAGUGGAGAUGUGGUAAAGAUAGCCCAGCUGCCGUCCAUUGCAGGUAGUCAGAACCGGAUCUCCCAGCCAGAGACCCCCGUCACCCUGCAGUUCCAGGGCAACAAGUUUACUCUGUCCCCCAGCCAGCUCCGACAGCUGACCACGGGCCAGCCCUUGCAGCUCCAAGGUACACUCGGUAACAUCCUGCAGAUCGUGUCGGCCCCCGGGCAGCAGAUCCUCCGGCCCCAGGGCCCCAUGGUUAUGCAGACGGUGCCUCAGGCCGUGCCCGUCUCCAACUCCUCCACCGCGCCGGGCACCCCACCCCAAGCCACGCCCACCCCAGCGGUGACUUCCACUUCCUCGGGGGUGAAUGCCAAGCCUGCCACUGUUGCCCAGCAGGAGUCAUCAGAAGAAAGGAGUCGUCAGCUGAAGGAGCGUCUGAACCGCCUGUUCAGCGCCAACGAGCGGCGCUGCGGUUGCAGUGUGCUGUAUGGGGCUGACCUCCUCCAGGCCUGUUCCGUGACCCCCGGACUGCCUCACUCAGCCCUGGUCCCCCGGGGCUGGAGGUGGGUGGGCAGGGAGAGCUGCCUCCGGGCCCAGAGGACCCCCGUGGCCACCACCUCACUUCUCCAGGGUGCCCUGCUUUCCUCCGCGGACCGCCGUGACGCCUGCCGCGGCCUAGUCAGCAGGUUGUCCUGUGUUAUCCCUGCCGCUGUAGCUCCUCCCCCUCAGCUGUAUGCAACCAAUCCCCCGGCUUGCUACAGCCUGAUGCAAAAGUCGAUCCGCCGCAGGCUUCAGGAGACCGCUGCCCCCCACAGCGCGGAAAUACGCCGACUGGCUACUGGGCCCCUUGUCCAGUUUCCUGACCUGCAGCUCAUGCAGAUGGACUCUGGUAAACUUGAGGCCCUUGCCAUUCUGCUCCACAAGCUACGGUCUGAAAAUCGCCGCGUCCUCAUCUUCACACAGAUGUUGAAAAUGCUGGACAUCCUGGAGGCCUUCCUGGAUUACCGGCAGCUCACGUACAUCCGCGUGGACGAAAGCCUACCCGUGGAUGAACGCCAGGAGCACAUGAAGGCCUUCAACAGGAACCGACAAGUCUUCUGCAGCAUCCUGACCAACCGCUGCUGCACAGCCGUUGGGACCGUGUUCGACGCGGACACCAUCAUAUUCUACGACACCGACCUCAACCCGAGCAUGGACUCCCGUACCCAGGAGUGGUGUGACAAGAUUGGACGCUCCAAAGAUAUCCACAUCUACAGACUGGAGAGUGGGAAUUCAAUCGAGGAGAAGCUACUGAAGAAUGGCACAAAGGAUCUGAUCAGAGAGGUUGCAGCCCAAGGGACUGACUACACCCUGGCGUUCCUCACGCAGCGCACCAUCCAGGAUCUGUUCGAGGUGGAGGCUGGCUCGGGGGAGAAGGUGGAGGAGUUUGUGGUUCUGCACCAGGAGCCGUCACCCUCUGAGGCGAUCUCCCCCCGUGUGGCCAGGCCCUACAUCCAGGCCCUCCACAGCAUCAGCCUGGACACCUCACCAUCAGAGCAGCAGCAGGAGGAAAGCCGGGGAGUCCAGGAGGAGGACCUGGAGGAGUCCCAGGCCAAGGAGGAGCCCUCCCAGCUGACAGAGCUCAACGCUGUCAUGGACCAGCUAACGCCAAUAGAAAAAUACGCCCUGCAGUACCUGGAAUAUCUUCAUGUCAGUGAGGACGAACUGGUUGCCAAGGAGCGACUGAUGUGUGCCAAGAGAGGCUGGGAGAUGCAGCACCUCCAAAAACUGAAGGCUGAAGAUGGGGAGCGGAUGACCGUUGAGGAAGAGGAAGACCUGUUCACCUACACCAGAGAGGAUGCUUACAACAUGGAGUAUGUGUUUGACGGAGAAGACGGCCAAACAGAAAUAAUGCCUCUCUGGACUCCACCUACACCACCACAAGAUGACAAUGACAUUUAUAUUGACUCUGUCAUCUGUCUGAUGUACGACUCCACUCCCAUGCCUGAGUCCAAACUGCCGCCUGUCUACAUCCGUAAAGAGCACAAGAGGCUCAAGAUGGACCCCUCAGCCGGUCGGAAGAAGAAGAAGGGUCAUGGUGAGACGGUGAUUCCUCCACGCUCUCUCUUUGAGAAGGCUAGCUUGCUCAAAGUCCGCCGCGAGGGCAAGGACCAAAAAAAGAACUUCUCCCUGAAGCAGCAGGCACCGUUCGCCAAGCCCCUGCCCUCGCUUGUCAAACCUGCCAUGGAAGCUGGACAGGACAACCCAGAGUGGCUCAUCAGUGAAGACUGGGCCCUUCUACAGGCUGUGAAACAGCUCCUGGAGCUCCCCCUGAACCUGACCAUCGUUUCUCCUGCCCACACACCCAACUGGGACCUGGUCAGUGAUGUGGUCAACUCCUGCAGCCGCAUCUACCGCUCGCCGAAACAAUGCCGCAGCCGCUACGAGAACGUCAUCAUCCCCCGAGAGGAGGGCAAGUUGGUGUAUGAGGCCAACCCCAAGAAGAAAACCAAGAGCAUAUACAAGUCUAAGAACAGUCGUCCUCUACGGACCUGCCAGAUCUACACCCAGGAUGACAACGCUACACACAUUCAGCUCUACAGCAGCCGUUUUGAGCUCAUGAAGAUCAUUGCCAGCAAGAGGAGCCCCCCCAUCAAGCCACUUUUGGGCAUGAACCCGUUCCAGAAGAACCCCAAGCAUGCCUCUGUCCUGGCAGAAAGUGGGAUCAGCUACGACAAGCCCCUUCCUCCCAUUCAGGUGGCAACACAACGCGCUGAACGGAUUGCCAAGGAGAAGAAGUGUGCCUUUGAUACCGUAGAGUCAGACUUUGGGGCUAUAGAAGCAAGUGACGACCAAAACGUAGACUACAUGAAAGAAGCUUUGGCGGAGCAGCAGAGGGCUCAGCAGCUAGCUCAGCAACAGCAGGCCCAGCAGGCCGGAGCCACCCAGGUCGUGGCCGGAGCCACCCAGACACAGGCUGGUUCUGCUGCAGGCCUGGCCCCGGCUCCAGGACUCCCCCAGCCGGCUGCAGUGGCUGGAGCUACCCCAGUACCCAACACGGCCGUCCUGCCUGGUGCCAUAAAGAAUGCCACUGUGGGAACAACAAUUCAAACUGCCAGCGUAGGCGGAAACCUGAUUGUGAACACAGUGGCUGGAGUUCCUCCCAGUCCGUUCCAGGCCAACAAACGUCUGGCCUCGCCAGGUCAAGUCAUACCGCCGACCAUGUCUCCGGUCAGUGCAGCUGGAGCCCAGGUGGUUCACUCCCAGCAGAGACCCGCCGCCAUUGCCCCUGGGGAGGUGGUGGCCAUAGCUACAGGUCAGGGUGUCAGGGCCGUGAACCAGGUGACCGCCUCGGCUGUGGUGUCCACCACGCUGACCCCGGUGCAGUCCCAGACCCGCUCCUUGGUCACCCAGGUCACAGCAGCUGCAGGCAUGCAGCUUCCCCAGGGGAAGCCCAUCUCCCAGGCCCACCUCCACAUGCUACGUCAGCAGCAGCUCCAGCAGCAACAGCAACAACAGGCUGCCUCUCCUCAAGGCAUCAAGACAGUGGGGAAACCCCAGGAGCUAAUGAAGAUGCACAAGCAAAAGCUGCAGAUGGCCGCCCAGCAACAGCAGGUGGCAGCUGCCCAGAGCCAGCAGACCUCCCAGGUGCAGCCAGCCAACCCCCAGGCAGCUCAGGCCAACCCCCAGCUGGCUGCCGUUGCUGCAGGUCCCAGAGGCGGGGCCGUUCUGGCUGGCACCACCGUAGCCAACCUUCAGGUGGCCAGACUGACACGUGUGACCACCCAGGGUCCGAUCCCGGCCCAGCCAGGUCAGACUGCCCAGGUGACUCUCACCAAGCCCCCAGUGGUUUCUGUGCCAGCCGUGGUUUCCUCCGCUGGUGUCACUACCCUGCCCGUCAUCAGUGUAGCUAUUGGACAGCCCCCGAAGACAGGUGGGCCGGUGUUGACGCCACCGUUCCCCCAGUUCCAACAGCUGAUCCAGAUGAAGAAACAGGCAGCUGUUCAAGCUGCAGUGGCCCAACAGAAAGCCGUGCAGCCACAACCAGGCCAGGCCACUGUGCAGAAGAUGGGCCAGCAGGUGACAGUCCAGGCUCCGCAGGUCCAGCAACAGAAGGUCACCUACGCUCCUCCUGCCACACAGCUACCUGGGCUCAAGACUCAGUUCUUCACCUCCAUCUCCCCGACUGGGAAACCUCCUGGAGGACAGCCGAUCCAGGUGGCUAAGCCCCAGAUAGUGCAGGGGCAGUCCACUGUGACCAGCAUCCAGCAGAUGGUAUCAUCUCCACCGCAGAUCCAGUCCCAGGCGGUGACCCAGGUUGUAUCCUCGGCCCAGUCCCAGGUCCAGGUGAUCCAACCCCAGGUGGUCCAACAGAAGCUCCUCCAGCAGCAGGUGGUAACUGCAGCCGCCUCUCCUCAGAUACAGACCCCACCUCCUCACAGCCCAGCCCAACAGACCCAAGCGCCCCCUGCAGCUGAGUCUCCAGUACAACAGCAGCAGCAGCUGCCAGCCAAGGGCCAAGCACGUGGAGGGGCCAUGAGGGGUAAGGGCCAGGCCAAGCCCAGUGGGGGCGGUAGCUAGGAGCCUGAAGGACUAGUCUCCCCCUCAUCAGUGACUCUGAGGAGCAGGGGGAUGUAGAGAUUCUCCCUUCAGUGGCGUCCAGUCCGAAGUGGCUGUGCUGAAUAUAACCUGGUUAGAAACCGCUCCAUGUAAAGGAAUGACAUUUAAGAGACAUCUUUUUCAGUUUUUAACUGCUGGAUGUUCCCCCCUCUGUGGUUUGAGACGGUCUCCUCUCCCCUGCACCAACAUCUAAUAUAAGAUCAGACAAGCAGUAGAAAAAGAUUCAUGCCUUUUUCUAUUGAUGAAUAUAUUAAUGUUACUCCAUAGAUAGCCUGUGGCUAGGGCCUAGCUAAUUUGGGGAAUUCCCAUUUGAAUAAUGUUUUGUGUAUUCAUAAGUCGCCUCCUUGGUGUUGUUCUUCUCAUGCUUACCAUUUAUGAUGUCUGUAAUUUUCUUGUUUAUACAAAAUAUCCCUCUGUGGGAAAAGAAAUAAUGUGUCAGGAUCGCAUGGUGACUCCACCCCACAGUGGUGCAGAUGGCUUCCAGAAGGACAGUAGUGAGAGGAUUUAAGUCUUCAUGCUAAUUGUCAUUGUGAAACUCGUCACGGCCGUGAGCCGCGAGUGAUGGGAGAGUGUCACGUUCACAUAACCUUUUUUGGUGUGCCAGUUUAACAUUGACAGAGGCAGCGCUACCAGUUAUUUAAAUGUUUGCGUAAGAAGGAAGUUGCCAUGUCCAAAACUGCCCCAACAGUGAUUGUAUCACAGUUAUAACAACCACUCAAUACACACAUUAAAUGCAAUCUGGAUGUAAAAUGUUUUUUUUGUUGUGUAACCAUCAAAUAUUGAAUGGAUGUGUAUGCAAGUUCCUCAUCAAAUUUAUGUGACAAAUACACUGUAAACAUGUACCUUAGUGUCUUGUGUUUUCUCAUAAAUAUGCCAUUUUUUAUUGAUGUUGAAGAAAAUACUGUAAAUAGCAAUGAAAAAAGGAAGACAUUUGUACUUGUAAAGUAGCUGUUUUCAUUGGAUUUUUUCAGCCUAAUUGUAAUAAAGUGUUUUGUUUUUAUGCAC